AUCAUAAAACGCCAGGCUUCUUCUCAAACACUCACACGAACAGGAAUCCUCCUCUCUGCUGCAACCAACAUUGAUUUUUAAAUGUUUUUUUGACAGAGCAUCCUGACGCUUUAAAUUCCUCCACAUCUUUAUCUUAUAAGUUAUUAAGUCUAUCUGCAAUGUGUAUGCUAUGUUAAUUUUAUCGGACAGCUUAUUUGAUGGACUCAGUAAAGGGUUUAUACUUUUUAAAGCCAAAGUGUGGUGGUCAAAGCACCUAGUGGCGUAGGAAAUAUAUUAUCUUCAAGAAACCAACACAUUUUCAUUCCGAGAAAAAAAAAAGACUGAAAGGAUGCUCAACGAUUCGCGGAGUCUGAGCUUUUGGAUGUUGAUGCUGAUCAUCGCGGUAGUGCGGAUGGGAGAAACUCAAGGGACCGAGAGCGAAGCUCAGGUGAACUCCAUCAAAUCACUGGAGCCACUGACCGCCUCCAACCGCUCCAGCGACGGCCCCAAGAAAGACAACAUCCCCGCUCAGGGUCAUCCAUGCAGCAGUGAUAAAGAGUGCACAGUAGGAACGUACUGCCACAGUCCUCAACACGCCCCGUCCCGCUGCCUCACCUGCCGCAGGAGAAAGAAGCGCUGCCACAGAGACAGCAUGUGCUGCCCUGGCAACCGCUGCAGCAACUACAUCUGCAUCCCCAUCUCAGAGCAUGCCCUGUCCAUGUCACCUGUGGACGAGCACAGCAAGCUUUCCAUCAAAGAAAAAGGCUGGAGGAGGAACGGCAAAACUCAGACCAAGAUCCCUCUCAAAGGUCACGAGGGCGACCCUUGCCUGCGAUCGUCCGACUGCUCGGAGGGCUACUGCUGCGCUCGCCACUUCUGGACGAAAAUAUGCAAGCCUGUGCUGCGGCAGGGCGAAGUCUGCACCAAACAGCGCAAGAAAGGCUCCCACAGCCUGGAGAUCUUUCAGCGCUGCGACUGCGCCAAAGGACUUGCCUGCAAGGUAUGGAAAGACGCCACCACCUUCUCCAGGUCCAGGCUGCACGUGUGCCAGAGGAUCUGAGACGGUAGGCCCCUGCAAAACAAGCUGCACCUUGGGGCCCCUGCGUCCCGCUGGGAGAGGAGUGGACGAGGUCUCCUUUCUCCAGGACUUACUCAGCUGUGAUAAAGAGAGAAAGGGUGAGAUACAGAUGAAUGUGUGCCAGAACAGGGUGGGUUUGGGAUGGGAACGAACUGAUAUGGUGGGGUGCCCAGUCGAAGCUGUUGAGGAAGCACUCCGGGCCUCUUAUUCAAGAUUAUUUGGUGGAGUUUAAUUGAUUUAUAAGCCAUAUUUAUCACUGAUUUACCGUUUGAUGCAGGCGCUGGCAUUAUUUCAGUAUGUCCGUGCUGUCAAUUUAGUAUCUGAAUGCUCUGAUUUGGUUUCUUUUCUAUUGAAUAUUUCAUGCACAUAUGAGUUUUUCACUGCAUAACCACUAAAAUAUUAACUAGGUUGUUUUUUUUUCUUUGGUUCUCGUUCAUUAAUAAUUGUCUGAAAACAACAAACAGCAUUUUUCAUUUUUAGUUGACUUUUUUUUCUACAUUUCUGAAGUCUCUUCUGAAAGUGCACUUUGAGUUUGCUUGUAUUAAAAAAGAUCCUAUGUGUAACACCAGAACAGAAGAAAAGUAGUAUGUUUUCAAGGUAGCCACACACUAGUAAUGCAUUUGUCUGAGAAGUAUGAUCAUUUUAUUCCAUAGAUAACGUUUUUAUUGUGUCAGAAAUGCUAAAUCGGUUCUGAUUAUCAAGGGAAGUUGUUUACAGUGCUGUUCAGUGAAUGUGCAGAUGCUUUAUAACAUUAUGAAUCAUAUUCCAUGCUUUUAUUCUGUAAAAUUCCACACCGUCUUUUAGCUAGGAUAAAACAAAAAAACUAAUAAGCUCUUAUAUUGUAAAUAAAAUGCAAAUUUUUCAAAAAUGUAUUUAAAAUCAGUUGUAUAUCAUGUAUAUAUUGGUAAAAAGGAACCGACGGGGACAUGGAUAAAGUAGCAUAAAGACUUUUUAAAUUUCUGCUUAUUGUUUGUCAUAGCAUGGUGUGGUUCCAUUUUCUUCAAGCUCUGUUUUUACACUGCAGUUAUGAAAAUCCCCACACAGAACUAGUUCUAUUAAAUUAUUUUCAAAACCCAUUUCUUCUUUGCAGAGCUCAUGUUGUGUAUUUGUUUAAUGGCUGAUUUCCUGGGUUAGUGCUUACUUUGUUCCUGUCGUAACAGUGCUGUUGUGUCUCAUUGUGUAUUUACAGUGAUUUAAACAGAUUAAAGAAUGUAUUUUAUAUUACAAGCAUUUGGCUGCUCUAAUAUUUUCAGCUCUAAACUGAACAGCUUCAGUGUCUUUGCUUCUAAAAAAGAAUUUAUGAAGCCGUCAGCAUUCAGUGAAUGAGUCCAAGUGGUUUUUUUACGUUCUGUAUUUUUGUGGCUGUAUAUG